AACACCAGGUGUCAUCAUUAGUCAGUUUGGAGCGCCGUCACCGUCUAUCGCUGUCGUUUAGUCAAUUUACUGUGUAGUAUUGUUUUAAUGAGUAGCGUACCGAAUGGAGUUUAAUGGCACAUUCGGAACUCCUCUGGCUUAAUUCGGAAAAUCAUUUCAAUCGUACUAAAGAACAACGCUUUGACGACAGGAAGAUUUACAACGGAACCCAUUCCAGAGCGCCCCCAAACGGUUCCGGCAGCAGCUCGCUGGAAGCACAAAGCGCUUCUUCUCGUGGUAUGCUGAAUUUCCAAGAAAAUAGUCCACUUCUGCCUUGUGAGGACGUCGAAGUUUUCUUUAAUCAUUUGGACAGACCUUUACCAAACCAGCAUUCUCCAUCUGAGGUCAGAGGUCGUGCCUCAGAGCCACAUCAUCUGACCGCAUCCACACCAGAGUCGAACCCGAAACUUUCUCCCGACAGUAUGUUUCAGAACAGCGCUAUGCACUCCAUGUCCCUUCCAUCGGGCGCGACUGCCCCUACCUACCAUGAGUCUCCCGGGGCAAACAGCUUCAUGCACCCUGCGGGUGCCAGCCCCGUGUAUGUUCCUACGACACGUGCAGUCCUCCCAAUGCAGUAUGUAAGCAAUGGAGGCGGACAGUCGGUUUCAACUCCGUCCGGAUCCCCGGCAAUGUGGACCAUGCCCCCAGAAGCAUCAUAUAGUACCUCAAACUCACACCCUUCAGUGUCCCCUAGGUUCGCGUUUGCACCUUCCCCGAGCUCACCCAUCAGUUCCCCGACGGCCCGGACCGAUACUAGCUACAACACACCUCUUGCCCGACCCAGCGGGCUCAGUCCCUACCCCUAUAUGAGCCCUGAGUUCGCAUGGAAUUACAACAUGAGUUUACAACAAGGACUGCGCAGGUCCGCACCCGAUAACCAGGACUAUUUUGCGGAUUUGGAAGGGCGGGAAUGCGUCAACUGCGGAGCAAUAUCUACACCGUUAUGGCGACGGGACGGGACCGGGCACUAUUUAUGUAACGCAUGUGGACUCUACCACAAGAUGAAUGGAAUAAAUCGUCCCCUCAUAAAGCCCCAGAGGCGAUUGGGGGAUUUUGGCGAGACGUAUCCCUCGGGUCCCCAAUACCAAACCCCGGAUCCUUCUCUGCAGGCUUUUGGGGCGUGGACAACGGGACCCAAAGCGAUAGGAAAAUCUAGAUCCGCUUCUCGACGUGUUGGGUUGUCAUGCGCUAACUGUCACACAACGACAACUACCCUCUGGCGUCGUAACAACGAAGGAGAGCCCGUUUGUAACGCCUGUGGGCUGUACUACAAACUACACGGGGUGAAUCGGCCACUGGCUAUGAAGAAGGACGGUAUUCAAACGAGAAAAAGAAAACCAAAAAGUCUAUCCAAGAAUAAAUCGGCCCCAAAGUCCGAACAAAACGAUAUAAAACCUGCCCAUUCUCCCAUUAACAACAAUAAUGUGUCUUCUGGUCAAGGUGGACAUGUGACCGGAAGUGGAAAUGGCACUCCCUCGAUGAACGGAACUAAUGUCACCGCCCUUCUUGGACCUACUUCCGGUGUAACACCGCUCACAGCUGUUGGCUCAGAACAUUCUUCUCUAUCUAGUCCCGUUAACCUAGCCGCAGUUACGCAUUAUUCCUCACCGUCACCACCCAAGGCAGUUCCGGUUAAGAUGGAGUCAGAUCUCCAUGGACACGGUGGUCACGUGUCUGUUGGUGGCAUUCCUCACUCGGACAAUUCCAGUUUAAGUACUGUUGCAGUUGGUGCUAAUUGAUUUUCAAAAAUUGACU